AUGCGACGACCGGGUGCUGUUUGUUGCUGGGCAGCUCUUCUGUUGGCUCUGCUGGCUGCGCCGCGCGUGUGCGCGGACCGCCGGGCUGACGGAGCGGGAUAUAUAGGAGAGCAUGCAGGACAGCUGCUCGCGGCCCGCGGCGGUGAAUCUGCGGAGCAGAACAGGGUGUUUGGGCACGCGACACAGAAGGAGGCCGGCCCGGGCGUGCAGCGCCCGAUUUUGGACGAGCCAGGCUACGAGGCUGAUGGCGUUGAAGUGAAGGAGGAGCUGAGCGGGAAUGUGGGCGAUGGACGACCGGAGGGUGGGAGGGCGAGGGAGCUCUGGACGGCACUGCUGGUGUUCCUUGCGGGCGCGUUCGCGAACGCGGCGGGCGUGGGCGGCGGGGCAAUUUACGUGCCCAUCUUUGCCCUCGCCCUGGACCUGGACGUCAAGUCAGCGACAGCCGUCAGUCAGGCGCUGAUCGUCGGUGGUUCGUUCGCCUCGGUCCUCCUUAACUCGACGAAACAACACCCAUACAACCCAGCGAGGGCGCUCGUGGACCUCGAGGUAUGCACGAUGCUGGAGCCGGGGCUCAUGCUAGGCAUUACGUUUGGCGUUCUGAUCAACGUGGCGAUGCCCGAGUGGCUCGUCAACUUCCUCCUCGCCUCGGUGCUGGUCUACCUGUCCCUCAAGACCGUCUCCAAGGGCAAGGACAUGCUCGAGAAGGAGACAAACCUGUUUGAGCGCAACCACAACCUCUCGCGCCUGGGCAACGCCACCGCGCCCGUCUCCCGCGUCAACAGCAUGGCGCGCUCCCUGAAACGCUGGGGCUACUCCAGGCUCCGCCCCUCCAAGGCCGUACAGGUCCCGCGGAACGUCGCGCGCAGCAUGGUCGACCCCAACUCCCUGCGUCGGCACCUUUUGGAAACUGACGUCAGCGCCGACGACCUCGCGGGGACGUCGCCGCUCGGGACGUCCCCGGGCAGCGUCAUCACGGGGGCGUCGCCGCCCGCGCCGUGCGUGUGGCCGGGCGGCGUCGUCGGCGACUACGGCAGCGGUGACGAGGAGGCCCCGCCUGCGUCGAACCACUCGAUGGCGGCGAACGACGGGCCACGCAGGGCGCCGGGGGGCUCUGAGAUCGACGGUGCAGCGGCGCUGGAGCCGCGCUUCACGCUCAUGUCGCAGUCGGGCGGCUUGGAGAGGGCGGCCGCGCACGCGCAGGCGCAGGGGCAGGGGCAGGCGCGCAGCGGCGUGGAGGACGAGGACGACGAGGCGUCGUCGCAGGCCCGGCAGCAGCUGUCCGACAUGGCGGCGAUGUACUUAGUGUCGCGUGGCGGCGGCGGGGACGUGUACGGGUGGGAUCGGGCGAUGACAUUGAACAGAAUGAUGAUGGCGGGGGGGCGCCGCGUGCGGCACGCGCUGGGGCAGGUCGAGGAGGUCGAGGAGGGCGAGGAGACGGAGACGCCGAACGGCGAGAGGUCGCUGCACGCGUCGGAGGCGCCUGCGCCGCGCUGGACGCUCUCGCCGCUGUGGAAGGAAGCGGCGGCGCGGUUCGCGCUGCUCGCUGCGAUGUGGCUGUCGUUCGUGACGAUCCAGCUGUACAGGGACGGACAGGCGCCGUGCGCGCCGGUGUGGUGGUCGACGAUCGCCCUGCAGUCCGUCCUGAGCGUCGCUGCCGCGCUGCUGAUGCUGCUGCUUCUGCGGCGCGCGAAGCAGCACCCGGGGGACCCGGAGUCGCGCACUGCGCUGCAGCGGCAGCCCCUGACGAAGGCCGCGCAGCUCACGGCGACCGCGGCAUCGGCGGGCGUCGUGGCGGGCAUCGUGGGUAUGAGUGGGGGCAUGAUCAUGGCGCCAGUCUUGCUCGACGCAGGACUCCCCCCGCAGGUUGCCGCCGCCAGCUCAGCGCUGGUGGUGUUGCUGUCGUCUUCGGCGGCGAGUAUUCAAUUCUUUGCUUCGGGACACAUGCCGCUCGGAUACAGCGUGGUGUACGGCGCCAUUUGCUUCGUGGCGAGCGUGGUUGGCAUCAUGCUCAUCCGCGUCGCAGUCAAGGCCACGGGGCGGGCGAGCGUCAUCGUUCUCGUGCUGGGGGGCAUCAUGGCCGCUUGCGUGCUCGUCAUCGUGGCCACAUCCUACGCGGACAUCUACGACGGAAUCGCCGGCCUCGACUUCGGGCUCGGAGACUUCUGCGAGGCGCAGGCAGUGUCGCGGUAG